GUUUUCUCUGUCUUUUUUGUUUACGCUGCAAAAGGUUUGGGUGGGGUGAGUGAUCCCGCCCAGAUUCAACACAGAAUUCAGGAACGACACAGAACAGAAGUUAGCGCUCUGUAAUUGGGCCUCCGCCGGCGUCGCCGUCGUGCUCCUGUUGAAUCGUGUACACUCCAGAUAGGGAGGGAGGGAGGGAGAGAUAACGAUGGAUCCGUACGGAGGAGGAGGGAGCUGGACUAUGAUCCCUAGCGCUCCAACCCACAGUAACGCCUCCACUCCCUCCAGUCAGGAUCUCUAUCUUCAACAACAGCAACAGUUUCAGCCGCAGCAGCAAUUUCAACCGCAACAGCAAUUCCAACCGCAGCAGCAGUUUCAACAACAACAGCAGCAGCAGCAGCAAUUUCAACCGCAGCAGCGUCUUCUACUGCAACAACAGCAGCAGCAGCAGCAGCAGCAACAGCAACAGCAACAGCAGACUCAACGCCACCAGUCUCUAGCAUCUCACUUCCAUCUCUUACACUUGGUGGAGAAUUUAGCCAAGGCUAUUGACAAUGGAAACAGGGACCAGCACUCUGAUGCUUUGAUCAAUGACUUGGGCAACCACUUUGAGAAGUGCCAGCAGCUUUUGAACUCAAUUGCUGGAUCCAUUAGUACUAAGUCUAUGACUGUUGAGGAACAGAAGAAAAAGCUGGAGGAAAAUGAACAAAUGCUGAAUCAAAGGAGGGAUCUGAUUGCAAAUUACCGAAGUUCUGUGGAAGACCUUGUCAAGAAUGAGCCAUAGCUGCUUUUCACCGGAGUUGCAUGGGGGUGAGAGCAUUCUGUUUUAAGGAAAUCCAGGGGAAUUUCAAUCACUCAAAUAUAGAUUGGUUAGUGAAUUUUUGCUUUUCUCUUCAGCUGUAAAAUUGUAUUUCCCACGGUUUGUAUUUACACGAAAUUCACAUUUUAAACCUAUGUGCAACUUGAUAAGAGUACAUUCGUUCUGAUAUGUUCAGUUCUUAAUAAAAUAGGCCUACAUCU